AUGCCAUCUGCAACAACUACCGCCGCGACCGCCACGGCCCCGGCAACCUACACCACCAUCCCAAUUUCCGGCGGUGACGUCGUUAACCGAUCUAUUCACAAUCUCUUUACAUUUCUUUCUCGUAGUCGACCGUGGCCGGAAUUCCUCGCCGGAGCAAGCGCUGUCGAUCUUCCGGCAUCCUUCUCCGAUGCUGCAAUUCGCAUUCGCCGGAAUUUCAAGUACUUCUCCGUCAACUAUGCCAUUGUCAUCUCUGCUUGCUCAGCCGCUUCACUUAUUGGCUCACCUUUUUCGUUGAUUUUCGCCGGUUUGGUUUUUGCAAUGUGGUUGAUUCUUCUGUUCUUCCGGGAGGAUCCCAUGGUUGUUCUAGGGCACCAAAUUAGCGAUCUAGCUGUGAUUUCGGGUCUCGUAAUUGUUUCUGCAAUUGCUGCUUGGUUCACAGGAAUUUUAAAUACUUUGCUCAUUGGUGUAGCGGUAGGAUUUUUGGUGACAGUGAUCCAUGGCUUAUUGAGGAAUCCAGAAGGGCUGUUUGUGGAUGAGGACGACGCCGUUUCGACUGGCUUGAUUUCAAAUGCUGAAAGAAGAACUUGA